AUGAGAAUGAAUUGCUCCUUCCCGGGGGGGUUUUUGCAUCACCAACGUUCUCGCACCACCGGCGUGCACCCCCCCCCCCCUCCCCCCCCCUCGCCCUUGAUUCAGCAAAAGGUGACGUUGCGUACGGGGAGAUGGACGAAGAAAGAGUGCGAAGAUUUCGCACGCGGCCUUGAGAAGCAUGGCAAGGCAUGGUCGAAAGAGUUCGUGCCGACGAGGAAAGUGCCCCAAGUCAGAACGCACGCCAGGAAGUACUUCGCCAAGCAGCGCAAGGCGAUGAUGCUCAGCGGGCAGAGCGAGGGGGGUGACCAGGACGGGGAGCAAACGCAGGGGGGGGGGGCGGGGUCCGGGGCCACGGCCGGAGAUUCGGAGGAUUCAAGUAGGGAGGAGGGAGAAGCGGUGGCCGGCGAGUCCAAGGAGCAUGGCCGUGAGGAGGGGGGCGGGGCAGGGGCAAAAGGACGAACUGAAGAACCGAAGGAGGCUGAGGGUGUGGGCGGGGAAGAGAAGGAUGGGAGUCCACGAGAGGAGAAGGAGGAUGAUAAGGUAGUGGAGAGCGAGGAGGAGAAGGAGGAGGGGCAGAAGGAGGAGGUGGAGGUGGAGGUAGUGGAGGAGGAAGAGGAGGAGGAAGAGGAAGAGAGCGAAGCCGAGGAGGGUGAGGAGGACGAGGAAGAGGACUUCAUCCCAUUUUUCGGGAACAAGGCGAAGGAGGACUCUACCGACAGCAACAGCCGCCGCAACCUCCGCCCGCCGUGGUAUCGCGAGUCUAGCGUGGAGCAAGGGUUUCCGCUUCGUACGCUGCACAACGAGAUACUGGACCUGUGUGACCUGCUCAUGCCCACGCCGGAGGAGAAGGCCAAGACGGCCAUCGCCAUCACGUACAUCAAACGAGUGGUGGAGGAGACCCUCGGUUCAGAGGCCAGGGUGGAGAUAUUCGGCUCGCAGCUAACGGGUCUGGUUCUGCCCAGCAGCGACAUCGACUCGGUUGUCCUGGGCGGUCCUCGCGGUUCGCUCGGGUCGCUCGGAGCUGCCAUGUACCGAAGGCAGAACAAGGGCGAGGUGCGAGAGGUGACGGUGAUCAAGUCGGCCAGGGUGCCUCUCGUGAAGUUCGUGCACGUCGGCUCGGGCGUGCAGGUGGACGUGUGCUUCGACCAGGAGUCCGGGAUGAAGUCCGGGCGCGCGGCCAGGGCCAUGAUGCGCCAGAUGCAGCCGGUGCGGCCUUUGGUGAUGGUCCUCAAGGCCUACAUGGGCCAGCGCAAGCUCAACGAGACGUACCAUGGAGGGGUCGGCUCCUUCCUUUUGCAGAGGUAG